CACUUUAUACAGCGAGUCUAAUCUACGCUCGUGAGAGGAAAGACUGCACGGAAAGAACAAUGGGAGUAGAAAUCGAAAUCAUUCAAGAAGGAGACGGAAAGUCCUUCCCGCGAAAGGGACAGACUGUUGCCGUCCACUACGUUGGCACGCUGACUAAUGGACAACAGUUUGACUCCUCUCGGGACCGAGGAGAGCCCUUCAAAUUCAACAUUGGAUGUGGUGAAGUCAUUCGUGCUUGGGAUGAGGGUGUAGCUCAGAUGAGCAUUGGCCAGAGGGCCAAGUUGACCUGCUCGCCCGACUACGCGUAUGGUGCUGCAGGAUACCCACCAGUCAUUCCAGGAAACGCCACGCUCAUCUUUGAUGUGGAGCUGCUAGGUUUUGAUUGAAGUUGAAAUGUCGCUCUUCACAGUUUCUCAUGCCAUCAACAUCUCUGACACAAAUUCUGUUUAUUUAAAGGUGCCGUCAGCAGCGUUUAUAUACAUGAAUAAACCACUAAAAAUAAUUCUGAUGUCUCGGGAUGAUUGAGACAAAUUUGACACACGCUGCCGCUAAUGUUGGUGCCAAGAUGAUCUAAAAACACAUGGAAACCGUGCAACUCAUUUCCCCCAGGAUUCAUGUGGCCACCAUUUCUACAUUUGUCUGAGAAAUCACGGAUACAUCGUGGAAUAAUUAGAAAGGCUGGUGUGUUUUUAAAACAAUCCAACAGAUCGAAGACCUAAUCCAAACCAUUAACACCAAAUUUGGACAUAGUUUGUUCAUACUAAUUUAUUCCAUUGUCCCAAAAAUAGUGCUGAAAUUAUUAUUGUCAAAAAUACGCAUCAAACACCUUUUUUAAUGAAGAGCUUAUUCGUUUUGGUUUAGUUGCAUUAAUGUAUCCCUUCCACACAUGCAUGGGUUUGAUGGCUUGGAACUUUGACACAGUGUAUAGAAUGGCUUGCAGACAAUAACGGCUUAUGAUUAUCAUUUCUAUCCCUACAUGUAUUACCUUUUAUCAUAUAGAUUUUGAAUUCUGUCUCUUAAACUUUGGUCUUGUCAUUUCGACAACUUAAAGGCCUUAAGUGCCCUUGUGUUAUGUCAAGUGUAACAGGUUUUUUGUUAAUGUUUUACUUGUCUCAUUAAUUAUUACAGAUCUUUUCCAUGGGUGUUUCAUUCGUGCAUUAAAAUCAUCAAGUGUAGAGUA